UGGUCUUUUUGCUGUAGUAUGUUUUGAUAUGCAGGGUUAUUCAAUUGACCCCGAAAGUGGUAACACGAAGAUAAAAGAAGAUUAUCCUAUUUUGAAGUCGUUUCUCGCGGGAUCACUGUCUGGCACUUUUUCAACUAUUUUAUUUCAACCAUUGGACCUUAUAAAAACAAGACUUCAAAGUAGAGUAAAUCUUCACCUGGAUGCUUCAAAAAGUGGUACUUUGGGAACAAUAAUUCAUAUAGUUCAAAAAGAAAAUGUGUUUGGACUCUGGAGGGGUAUGACACCGUCUAUCACUAGGGUUGUUCCUAGUGUUGGAUUAUAUUUUUCAUCGUUACAUUGGUUAAAACACACAUUGCAUCUAGAAGAUCCACUCACACCUACAGAAGCUAUGUUACUAGGCAUUACGGCAAGAUCUAUGUCUGGAGCUCUGUUAAUUCCAAUAACAGUAGUGAAAACGCGCUUCGAAAGUGAAGUUUAUAAAUAUAACAGUAUAGGGGAAGCACUGAAAUUAAUUUAUAAGCAGGAAGGAGUAAGAGGUCUUUCGCGUGGAUUGGUACCAACAUUAUUAAGAGACGCUCCUUUUAGCGGUCUUUAUCUUAUGUUUUACACUGAAUUAAAAAGUUUAGUCAUAGAAACAGAUUCUUCUUGCAAUAAAUCCUUAGCGGUAACUCAUUUUAGUUGUGGAAUACUAGCAGGAAUAUUUGCUUCUAUCGUAACACAACCUGCAGAUGUGAUUAAAACGAAAAUGCAACUGUACCCGAGCGAAUUUAAAGGUGUUUUCUAUUCAGUAUUUAGGAUAUAUGAGAAAUAUGGUGUAUUAGGGUACUUUAAAGGCAUUGUUCCAAGAAUGUUGAGAAGGACAUUAGUGACUGCAAUGGCUUGGACUGUAUACGAAGAGGUUACAAAAACUAUUGGACUUAAAUAAAAUUGUUGCUAUUUAAUUGUUUCAACUUUUUCGCGUCUGUCGACAUGACGUAAGGGAAUUAAAUACGCACGAUAGAAUCAAAAUCAUUCAACCAAUACAAAUAUUUACACUUGAUGUACAGUAUUUUAGUUUGUACAAAGAUAAUUUGAUUAUUAGCAGAUAAUUGUAUUAUAGCAAAUAUUACUACUAUGUACAGUAUCCAGAUAGAAUAUCCUAUCGCUCAAUAAUGUAUUAUUAAUACAUAUACAUAUAUAUACACAUGUAUACUUAUUUAAUAAAUUUUAUAAUCUGUUAAAGAUUGUACAGUGUUUGAUGGUCUUGUUAAUUUGUUUAUAAUCCUGACUAUUUUAGAAAUGUUUGUGUUUUUUUUUAAAUAACCUGAUACCUUCAUUGCAGUACUGUUUUAUUAAUUUCAAUUAACAAUCUUAUGAGUAUUACAAUGCAAAUUGUAGAUAAUUUACCUUGUCCUUUUUUUAUAUGUAAAAAAUCCAAAGUAACAUUUGCAUCAAAUACGAAUGAAUUGCUAAUAAACUGUUUGAAUUGUUUUAUGAUUUUGUGACAUAACAUUGAUAACAAUAAUUUAUAUUAAAUUUUAAAGAUUUCUUCUUUGUAAAUAAAUUCAAGAUGGCGCAAGGCAGUAAAAAUGAAUUCAAACGCAAGUGAAUAAAAUUCAUGAUUUGUUGGACUUUUUAGAU